AUGCUGCUCACCGUGUUCUGCCUGCGCCGCGACCGCAGCGAGCUCACCUUUUCCCUCCAGGUGGACGCCGACUUCGAGCUGCAAAACUUCCGAGCUCUCUGCGAGCUGGAAUCCGGUAUCCCCGCGGCCGAGAGCCAGAUAGUCUAUGCAGAGCGGCCUCUAACUGACAACAACAGAUCCUUGGCCUCCUAUGGCUUGAAAGACGGGGACGUGGUGAUCUUACGGCAGAAGGAGACUGUAGAGCCGCGGCCUGCCAUCCGUUUCCCAGGGCUGCCGAGGAUUGACUUCAGCAGCAUCGCAGUUCCUGGGACAUCCACGCAGCAGCACCAACCCCCAGCGCAGCGUCUUCGCCCCUCGCCUCCCGAUGCGCCUUCGUUCCCUCAGGGUUUGGACAAUCCAGCGCUGCUGCGGGACAUGCUGCUCGCGAACCCCCACGAGCUGUCCCUGCUGAAGGAGCGCAACCCUCCCCUGGCAGAGGCGUUGCUCAGUGGAGACCUUGAGAAAUUCACCAGGGUGUUGCUGGAGCAGCAGCAGGACCGAGCCCGGAGGGAGCAGGAGAGGAUCCGACUCUAUUCAGCUGACCCUUUUGAUCUGGAGGCACAGGCCAAGAUAGAAGAAGACAUCAGGCAACAAAACAUUGAGGAAAAUAUGACGAUAGCAAUGGAAGAGGCCCCCGAGAGCUUUGGGCAGGUGGUGAUGCUGUAUAUUAACUGCAAAGUCAACGGACAUCCAGUGAAAGCCUUUGUUGACUCAGGUGCCCAGAUGACCAUCAUGAGCCAAGCCUGUGCUGAAAGGUGCAACAUAAUGAGACUGGUAGACCGGCGAUGGGCUGGCAUCGCUAAAGGUGUAGGGACGCAGAAAAUAAUUGGCAGAGUGCAUUUAGCUCAGGUCCAGAUCGAAGGGGAUUUCCUGGCGUGCUCCUUCUCGAUCCUUGAAGAGCAGCCCAUGGACAUGCUUCUAGGACUGGAUAUGCUUAAGAGGCAUCAGUGUUCGAUUGAUCUCAAGAAGAAUGUACUCGUGAUUGGCACGACUGGCUCGCAGACCACUUUCCUCCCGGAGGGUGAGCUCCCGGAGUGUGCCCGGCUGGCUUACGGGGCCGGGCGGGAAGACGUGCGGCCGGAGGAGAUUGCAGACCAGGAACUAGCAGAAGCAAUACAGAAAUCCGUAGAGGAAGCAGCAAAUCUGUCUGCAUGA